AGAAGAGCGAGGGAAACGUUACUGACACGAGGACGUCUGAGAAGAAAAGACGAAUUGUUACAGCAAAGAAAGGAAGAAAACGCUGAAAGCUCCUUAGAAAGAAACCAGAAAAGUUUAAGAAGCGACCAUGGAAAGAACGACAACGCUGGGACGCUUUGCGUGCCUGUGCACCUUACUGCUGGUCUCACUGCAAGUGUCUCAGGCCUCGGUGAAUGUUGCUGUGACACCUGAAGUAGAAGUGAUUAAAGGGAUGACGGUGACCCUGCCCUGCAAAGUCACCGCCCCUGAGCCCAACAAACUGUUCGUGGAGUGGUACAUCGAGAUAGCCGCAACCAGGAAGCGCAUAGCAUUCAGCUCAGGCGGGACCAGCCGGGCCGAGGACGGAACGCCGCUGACGGGUCGUGCCACCAUGGGCGAUGACAUGUCCCUCAUCAUCUCCUCCGUGAGGGCGGACGACGAGCGGAGCUUCUUCUGCCAGGCCAGCGGCGUCGUCGGAUCAAGCGAGGCCAAAACCCAACUCAAGGUCUUCUUUGCACCAGAAAAACCUAUAAUCAAAAGUAAUGACCGCGGCAUAUUGAUCGAUACUGAGGGUGACAGCCCAGCCCCGUCUGAGGUGGGACAGUGUGUUAGCAGGAAUGGGCAUCCACAGCCCCGGAUUAUCUGGUACAACAACUCUGUUCCUUUGCCUGAAGUGCAGAAGGACACUAAUGAGAAGACGUUCAUGCUGCCGUCUGUGCAGAAGGAACCUUCCGGUCUGUUUACAGUCACCAGUACUCUGUUUAUGAGGCCGACCAAGGCGGAUAAGAACACAGUGCUGCAUUGCACUGUGGAAUACAGAAUGCCCAAUGGAAAAAUUUUACAGAACAACUCAGAUACUUUAAAACUCAACCUACUCUAUCCCACGGAACACGUAACCUUCUCUGUUGUCAACACGGAGCCAAUCAAAGAAGGCGAUGAUGUCAUGCUGAAGUGUGAGACUGACGGGAACCCCCAACCCGAGUUUGACUUUUCGAAAGAUGGCGAAUCCCUAACUGGUGCGAUUGGAGGGAAUUUGACUGUGAGGAAAGUGACGCGUGCCGACGCAGGACAGUACAACUGUGAAGCUUUGGAUUUUGAUGCCGGUCCGGAUGUAAAGCUCACUCAAUCUGUCGAUGUGACCGUCCACUACCUGGACCCAGUCAUGAUUGAACCGCAGCAGUCAGUGCAGGUGAAGACGGGUGAGGCAGUGGAGAUGCAGUGCAAGACCAAAUCGUCAGACGACUACACUCUGCAGUGGAAGAAGGAUUCAAAGGUGCUGUCUCAGGCCGGUUCUUUGCAGCUGGAAUCUGUGACUCUAGCUGAUGCGGGCGUGUACCACUGCGUUGGCAUGGUGCCAUCUGUGCCCGGCCUGACAAAAGAAGCCAACAUCACUGUUGUCGUGUCAGGAAAGCCAGAGAUUGAAACUCCAGCAAAUGGAGAAGUUGUGAAAGAGGGUGAUAUGGUAUCGCUCACCUGUUCUGCUAUGGGCUACCCUGCACCUCAGUUUACCUGGAAACCAUCUGGUGAACAGUCGGUGACAUUUGAAGGGAAUAAGAUACACAGCAGGGUGACUCUGAAGGCUACUGCUGAAGUUCUUAAGGAUGGCGUGACUUGUGAGGCAGCCAAUGAACAUGGGGCAGACCUGCAGAAGUUCCAGGUCAACCUCAAAGGUCAGAAUCAUCCGCCUAACAACAAUGACGUUGACAGAGGAAUUCCUGUAUUUAAAACAGCGGACAAACAGCAAGGGGGCUCCAGCGGAGUGGUCAUCGCUGUGGUAGUCUGUGUUCUCCUGCUUCUGCUGCUGGUGGCCGCUCUCUAUUUCCUCAAUAAGAAGGGCAAGCUGCCCUGCGGCAAGAAGGACAAGAAAGAAGUUGGAUCUAGCGAUGUGAAUAACGACAUUGUGGUUGAAAUGAAGUCCAGUGAGAAGCCUAAUGAGGAAGCAGGACUCCUGAACAAACCUCCACCAGAACAGUGAUAAACAGAAGAGAAGACGAAGAAGAAGAAAACGCA